UCCGGUCGGCGGCGCGUUGGGUCUGCACCUCUUCUGCGGUUUGGCGGAUCGGAAGAUAGAGGAGACACCAGGAAAGAUGUCUAAGCAACAACCAACUCAGUUUAUAAAUCCAGAAACUCCUGGCUAUGUUGGAUUUGCAAAUCUUCCCAAUCAAGUUCACCGGAAAUCAGUGAAAAAAGGUUUUGAGUUCACAUUGAUGGUGGUUGGUGAAUCGGGUCUAGGAAAGUCGACUCUCAUCAACAGCCUGUUCCUGACUGAUCUCUACCCGGAAAGAAUCAUACCUGGAGCUGCAGAGAAAAUUGAAAGAACUGUCCAAAUUGAGGCUUCCACUGUUGAGAUUGAAGAGCGUGGAGUCAAGCUGCGCCUUACAGUGGUGGACACUCCUGGCUAUGGGGACGCCAUCAACUGCAGGAUUCUGGAUGAAAUUGAAGAACAUAACAUCAAAAUCUAUCACUUACCUGAUGCAGAGUCAGAUGAAGAUGAAGAUUUUAAAGAGCAGACAAGACUCCUCAAGGCCAGCAUCCCGUUCUCUGUGGUGGGGUCCAACCAGCUGAUCGAAGCCAAAGGCAAGAAGGUCCGAGGGCGCCUCUACCCGUGGGGUGUGGUGGAGGUGGAGAACCCCGAGCACAACGACUUUCUGAAGCUGCGGACGAUGCUCAUCACUCACAUGCAGGACCUCCAGGAGGUGACCCAGGACCUUCACUAUGAAAACUUCCGUUCCGAGAGGCUCAAGAGAGGCGGCAGGAAAGUGGAGAACGAGGACAUGAAUAAAGAUCAGAUCUUGCUGGAAAAGGAAGCUGAACUCCGCCGUAUGCAAGAAAUGAUUGCGAGGAUGCAGGCGCAGAUGCAGAUGCAGAUGCAAGGCGGUGACGGGGACAGCGGGGCGCUCGGGCACCACGUGUGAGAAAACGCUCUUGGAUACAAAGAAGAACACAUUCCUGAUGAAUGCCACAUCGCAACUUUCCAUAAGAUCCUUAGAAGGGUGCCCAUCUACAUUUACAACACCUGUGCCUGAGAAUUUAAUUUUUUUAAACUAUUGGUGUGUUUUGUAUGAAGUACUUUUAACAUUUGUAUUUCACUGCUAUGUUAUACUUUAUACUUCAUGAGGUAAACGCUCACUUUUGUUUUCUUCCUUAACUAACCACUAAUAUUAGAAUUGAUUUCCAAGUAUCAGAGUGUGUAAUUAAUAUUGAAUUCCCUUGAUUUAGUUGGCCUGAUUAGUCAUUGAUGAGCACUCUUGACAUCUAGAACAUUCAGAUUUACCAGGAGUGUUCCUUGGUGGUAGACGUGUGCCUGUGACAGAAAGCUGUGCAGUCGCUCCACAUGGAGACUCUUCCUUCAUUUUAUAUUUGUGCACARCAAACACCUAAAACCAGUUUUGCUGCUAUAGUUCAAUACUGUUAAUCUGCACAUUUAUCUAUUAACCAAGUAGAAAACAGAGUCACCUAACGAGAUACGUUUACACUUGAACAACUUCUAAAAACAGGCUUUAGGCGUGGGUUGGAAGAGCACUUGGGAUUCUGAUGCUAGGUCAUUUUUAACACCUGUGCAGGGAACUCCCCUGUGGACACUUGUCCUGUAGGCGCUGGAGACGCUGCUGGGCUGCACUGUGGAGAGCACAGCAGCGAACCCCAGCUUUGUGCUGCUGCAAGCUUCUUGGCACAGUGAGAGUCAGAAAACUAUUUUUUCUCACCUAAAUUAGAAAAAAUUUUUAAAGAAUCCAAUUUUUAGAAAUUUUAUACUGCACUUUCAUGUAUUUCUGUUACUGCAAGUGUGAAAUAACCCACCUCAGCAAUGGUUAAUUGGGGUCGUUAUGACUGUCUCACCUAUUUUCAGCCAUCAUCUUUCCUUCAUCUUGUGGUUAGAAUGAAAGGCAUUUUAAGUCUGUCCUGUAGGCUGCUAGACAGGUGUCCACCAUAGUUACACUGGGUGUCCUGCUAUGYGUGGGGCCUUAGCUUUCCUGCCCUUCCCAUUCCUCCUGCUGCCAGUGGGGCUCUUCAGCAGACACUUUCUCUCCACUUCUCCCAGCACCAGGAGAGUUGACYCCAGAGGGGUGGGACAAGAGAUGACGGUUACGGAGGGAGCAAGCCAGCUCAGUCUUUUCAUUUUGCUGCAACAGGAGGAGUUGAACUGAAGAAGGUGUUUGAUGAGAGARAGUGAUUUGGGGGGAGGGCUUGUUUUGUUUUGGCCAGGAAAAAAAAUAAGAUGUGAUAGUCAAAACRAUGGUUAUGAAGGUGUUUUGCAGGAGGUCGCUCCGUUUUCUCGCCUGCUUUGCCCCUCACAUUAUCACGAGCAGUUCCAGACCACUGGAAGGCAGUUGAUGAUCUGGAUUAUCUUGACAGUUAUGGAAAAAGUUACUAAAAGCAUUUUCAAGCAGUGUAAGCCCUGUGUGUUUGGGUCAAAGUGCUGCUUAGUGCUAGGUGCCACCUGAUGGUGGGGUGUGGGCCAGGAGGUCUACAGGGUGUCACUCUUUUGAAUCCCAUUUUAUUUUGUUGUCCAAAUCUAAACAUACACUUUCUCUACUAGAUAAUUGCUCUUACUGAGAUCUUACCUAUAGAAAUAUUUUUGAGAUCAAUUUACACAGCAAUUUUGUAUGCAUUUAAACUAACCUUUUUUUAAAAUAAAGCACUAUUGUUUAAAUAUU